GAAGAAUGGAUGGAUAUCAAGAAUUACCAUGUACAAAAAAAUUUGUGGCAACACUCCGUCAUUAAGCUGAGAUCUCAACACGCUGCGGCAUCCAUAGGGUAACAAAAUUUAACAAAAAUGUCUAAAAGAGGACGUGGUGGUACCGCAGGUGCCAAAUUCAGAAUUUCUUUGGGUCUACCUGUUGGAGCUGUUAUAAAUUGUGCUGACAAUACAGGUGCAAAAAAUUUGUACAUAAUUGCUGUUAAUGGAAUCAAAGGUCGACUUAACAGAUUACCUGCUGCUGGUGCAGGUGACAUGAUUGUUGCUACAGUAAAGAAAGGCAAACCAGAAUUAAGGAAAAAGGUAAUGCCAGCUGUGGUUAUCAGGCAACGGAAACCGUAUAGAAGGAAGGACGGAAUGUUCUUAUAUUUUGAAGACAAUGCGGGGGUUAUAGUAAACAACAAAGGUGAAAUGAAAGGGUCUGCCAUAACAGGACCAGUUGCAAAAGAAUGUGCAGAUCUCUGGCCAAGAAUAGCCUCCAAUGCCAGCAGCAUAGCUUAAUCAUCUGUAAAAAAAAUAUUUAAAAAAAACUGUCCGUAAAUAAAUGUUAUGGAUGGAA